AAGAUGAUGAGGACGCAGUUUUGGUAAUUCCCUUAAAACAGCCAGGGCGAUUUGGUCAUUCAUGUAGCGCGAAUCCAGACCCCUCAGAGUGGCGGAGGAACACCAAACCCUUUGUAACGGGGACUAGAAUUUUCUGGCCGCUGCUUGCUAGAAGGAUCUUUGCUUGUCUUCCCUUCAGGGAACUUCCUUAAUCCUUUGGUCUCUUGGUCCCGUUUCUGAGAAGGUUGGCAUGUCUUGGAGCUGUUACCAAUGAAGUCCUACUAGAAGAUCCGACUUAUAUUUGGAAGUAAUCGAUGCUGCAUGUUGCAAGAUUGGAAUUCCUUAAGGUUGGAAGGAAGCUUGUUGCUGCUGCUGAUCCAUGUCAUGAAUGAUCAAAGUAUCUGCAAGCCCAAAAGACAUAGGGGUUUGCUCCUCAUGAAUAGACACGAUUCGUUUAUGAUCACGCGUUACUCACAAAAUUUGCAAUAAAAACUUGAAAUUUAGGUGACUUACCUAGUUCGAGCUUUUCAAACAUUCAUUAAUCAAGCAUGUUUCAGCCUGAGAACAACUGUUUCCCUAUCAGUACUGAGGUGCUUGUGUCUCAAAAAGAUGGUGGGCAUUCAAACACUGGUGCAUCUGAACUUGAGAGCUGUCCCCAGCCCAUUUCUUAUUCAUUUCCUGUUGCUAAAUCAUCCUAUGAUGCUCAUGACACAGCCAGCUGGAAGGAUGCUGGUUCACAUAAUGCAGCUGUGUGGAAUGUGAACUAUGUUGAAAGCCCAGCUUGCAGUCUGAAUUCUAUGUUCAUUAAUAAUGGUGCGUUGUCGUUGCCAAGUACUCUUAUCGGUGGAGUAGUCUCUCAACCUGCUAAGCAGCUUUAUUUGAGGAAUGCAACCUAUUCUUCUGUCUACCCAGAUCUGGAGUCUUCUCCUGGUAGUGAUAUUCAUAGUUCAGAAAGCCAUAAGCAUUAUCAGGAGAUGUCUCUUGAUUAUUCUGCUUUUCCACCAUCCGUUAUGGGGGCUCAUCAAUUAAGCAGUACACACAUUUCUGAAGUUAUGAGGGAAGGUGAACAAGUUUCUUUGUUGGGUAGUGGAGGUGAUCAUGUUAUUGGUCCAGGCUACGGGAAUACUUUAACAUCUCCUAGAGUAAAUAGUGUUACUGGAUGGAAUGAUGCUUUCAUGGCAAGCAAGGGUGAAGGUGGCUACGGCAGUGAUCAGCUUUCUGCUAAUAUUCAAUGUGAUGCAAGUGGUCGAUGUUUAGCUCUGUCUCUUUCUUCAAUUCCUCCUCCCGAAUUACGAGCUCCUCAGUUUGGUUCCAGAUUUGGAUGUCAAGAGAUCCAACCCAUGGAUGUUGAUGGCGAUCACUCUUCUGAAGAACUGAAGUCGAAUCUAAAUGCACUUUGUAAUAGGCAAUUUGGGAGUAACCUUGGGUCAUUGCCAAAGCCUUUUGUGUUUAGUGGCAAAGAGAAUGUAAAUGCUAUUGAAUGCAACUUGAGCUCAUCAUCAGUAGUCCAAAAUGGUGGCGGUCCAUUUGGACCUUUUACUGGUUAUUCUUCCAUCUUGAAGAGUUCAAAAUUUUUGAAGCCAGCACAGCAGUUGUUGGAAGAGUUCGUCGGUCUGACUCGUCAGUUUCAUUCAAUUGAAUCAAACGAUAAGAACUUCACAAUCGAAGCAAAUUCUGGAUCCGAUGGGAAGGGAGGUUUGUGUUUGUCUUCUUCAAUUGGAAAUUCUUCUUCUGUAUCUACUAGUAAUGAUAUAUCAAACCCAGUUUCUCAGAGCUAUCACAUUGGUUAUCAGCACAGAAAAAUGAAGCUGGUGGCUAUGCUCGACGAGGUCAUGGUGAGGUAUGAUUACUAUAAUCAACAGAUAAAAAUGGUGGUAUCAUCGUUCGAGUCUGUUGCAGGUCUUAGUACAGCAAGUCCUUAUACUUCUUUUGCCGUAAGGAUGAUUUCAAGGCACUUCAGGUGUCUUAAGAAAAUUAUUAGUAGGGAACUGCAAGAUAUAAGUAGAGCUGUCGGUGAUGAGUUGAAUCCUUACUGUCAAACCAAAGGCGAUAAUGCAAAGCUGAAGUAUAUUGAUCCAUCUCUCCGGCACGCGAAAACUCACGUCGAUGAUCAGCAUCAGCAUAUUUGGCGGCCGCAGAGAGGUCUCCCUGAGCGAUCAGUUGCCAUACUGAGAGCUUGGUUGUUCGAGCAUUUCCUUCACCCGUAUCCAACAGAUACCGAUAAGCAUAUGUUGGCUUCACAAACUGGUCUUUCUAGAAAUCAGGUUUCAAACUGGUUCAUCAAUGCUCGAGUAAGAAUCUGGAAGCCCAUGGUGGAAGAAAUACACAUGCUUGAGACACAGAAGGCUGCGGGAAUGGACCUGAACGCCUGCGGCCAAAUGGGUAGCCAUAAUAACAUUGUGACGAAGAAGCCGACGGCAGGCGCAGCGCUGGAACGCACGCGAGGUUCGGACGGAACCAACUACGGGGGAAAGGACGGCCACCUCUGUAUGACGCACGGCUUGCCGGAAAUCGGCAGCAGAAAUCUGCAGCUGAGCAGUCUGAUGAAUCGGCCGCGGGGUGUUUCCGAGGGGUGCGCCAACGCCAUCGAUUUUUCGGCCUAUCAGCAUGGCAUGGACCUAAGUGGUCUGGGCUCGGUGUCGCUUACGUUGGGGCUGAAGCACGACACUGAGGGCCUCCAAGAUGACUAUGGAAAUACCAUCGACAACACUAUAAACGUUGGUAAUGGAAACAUUGCAAUGAAGCAAGGCAUCCAAGAGUCUGCUGCAUGUGGCGGCGACGGCGGCGGUGGUAGCGUCUACGGGAGGGAUCAGCAGCAGCAGGUAGCGGCAUCACAUUUCUGAGCUGCGCCUCCACGAUCAGUUGGCCGGAUGACGUUGGUCGUUGCCUUUUCUCUUCUCUUCCGUUUGGAGGCAAAGUAAGAAAAUCUUUGACGUAAAAAUGGAGAAGAGUUGGCAUGCGCGAGUCCCUGGUUAAGC